CUUGCAUCGCCUUAAAAUUGAAAAAUGCAUAUAAAUAGAUUCUCUCUGUAUUAAAAUCAUUAAGUUUAUUUCAACCGUCCCUGAAGCGCAUAAGCUUCACAGACCAUAGACGGGUGAUAUAGUCUUGUAUAGUCUGCAGCGUUCAUUUGCAAAAUGGCUGACCAUAGGGAAAGGGAUUCAUAUUAUUCGCAAACGGAUUUACGAUCUAAAAAUGAUGAUCCACCAAACUCACGUUUAUUUGUUAUAUGCCACAAAAGCUUGGAGGAAGAUGAUCUCAGGAAAGCGUUUGAAAAAUUUGGAAAAAUUGAAGAUAUUUGGGUGGUUAAAGACCGGAGUACAGGUGAAAAUAAAGGUGUUACAUAUAUUAAAUUUUCUAAAACAUCAGAGGCAGCCUUUGCUCUUGAAGAAAUGAAUGGAAAAAUGUUAGGAUCCGUAGGAAGACCUAUCAAAGUAAUGAUUGCUUCAAACCGUGAUCAAGGUUCUGUAAGGGAAACAAAUGAAGAGGAAAGAUGGGUUCGUCUUUUUUGUGUGUUACCUAAAUCAAUGACUGAUAAUGAACUUCAGCAAGAAUUUUCAAAAUUUGGACCUAUUGAAUAUGCAACUGUGGUCAAAGAUCGGAAUACAAAUGAAUCAAAAGGUUUUGGGUAUGUAAAGUUUAAAAAAGUAUCUAGUGCAGCAAGAGCAUUUGAAGAAUGUGACAGGAAGUACAAGGCUGUAUUUGCUGAACCUAAAAAACCUAAGCCAGAGCACAUUGAUGUAAAAUACAAUAAUGGACUAUCCUCUCAUUACGAUGGUGCAAGUGGAGGUUAUAGUUCAUCAAAUUUUGGAAAAAGCAGUAUUAGUUUAGAAAUUGCUACAAAUUAUCCUAAUUCUGAAGGUUAUACGCAUUUACAAGUAAUUGCACAUCCAGCAUUAAAUCAAGAUCAGUUAUGGAAAUUGUUUGAUAUUGUACCUGGUUUGGAUUAUUGCCAUUUAAAAAAUGAUGUAAGAUAUAGGAUGCCAAGAGGUCAAGCUGUUGUAGUGUAUUCUAAUCCUAGUGCAGCAGCAUAUGCAAGAGAAAAAUUUCAUGGUUUUGAAUAUCCUCCUGGACAUAGAAUGAUAGUUAAACCAGAUUUAUCAAAUGUUCCACCAAAAAAUGCAAUAAAAGCUGGGAGCUCAGCAGGUGGAAUUGCCAGUGCUAGGACAGAUCUAGCACAUCUAGCAGAAACAAUUGCUCAAGCUACAUCUUUAAUUCAAGCUGCAGGACUAACUGCACCAAGUUUAGAACAUUCAAUGUGUGUUAAAUUACCGCCUGUGCAACCAAUGGCAAGUAUAGAUGCAGAAGUUGCAAAAAGGUGUUUCAUUGUAUGUGGACCUCCAGUACCUCCUAUAUAUGCUAUGAAGGAUGCUUUCUGCAGAUUUGGAAAUCUCAUAGAUGUUUAUAUGCUCCCGGGGAAAAAUUGUGGUUACGCAAAGUAUGCUAGUGUACAAAGUGCAAAUGAAGCAAUCGAGGUUUUGCAUGGGCAAGAAAUUUGUGGAUCUCGACUGAAAGUACUAGAAGCAGAAGAGCGCAACGUUGGCGAAGAUCGCAGAAAACGAUUAAGAAUGGAUGAAGAUGAAAAUUAACUUUUUUUCGUAUACCUCACUGACUGGUAUACACAAGCUGGACGCACGCAAUAAAAGAGACGAAUUUUAAGACUCACUUGACCACGUCGGGCCCGCAUCCAAGGAAACUACUCCAACUACCUACUUUUAACUAUCGCUUACGUUCGCGAUUUCAACGUUACUGAAACUUUAACGAUACUUUACUUUAUCCUUACAUGUCGUUACACACACACACCUGACUUUUUGGUUUUAUUAUUUUAAGAGGCCUGUGCGAAAAGUGAUCUUAAACAUUCAAUUUUAAGGUUAUGUAAAGCACACAAAAUUAGUUAAAUUUAAAACUUCUUCCUUUAGCGUAAGGGAGUUGUACGAUGCAAUAUACUUGAGGCGUUUAUUUAUGGUAAUAUACUACAAGUAUUAGUCAAAGGUAAGAGUAUUUCUCUAUGCAUAUACUUUUGUAUUAAAACCGCGUGGGGGUGAAAGCUUUUUUAGACAAAUUUCAAAAAAAAAAGAAAACGAAUGAAUUCUCUGUAGUUUAAUAAUUAAGAGAAAUGAAAAAGAUCAUUUCACGAUAUUUUAUAUUCUUGUUUAUAAAACAAGACUUACGUUAUCAAUUUUAACUAUUCGCGCAGGCUUUAUAACAGGCUUUAAAACCUGUGCCUUAUAGUUAGUAAAACAAAUUUUUGUUUAUAAUCUAUAUUCGAUAGUUCUGUACUAUUCUUUUAUUAGCUAUACUCUGUAUGAAAGAAAACGUAAAUUAAUUUAUUUCUUGUAUGUUUCAAGAAAUAUUUUCAUGGUGACGAAUUCAUGAUAAUAAUAUAUUUUACAGAACUAAAAUUCCAAAACAAGAUAUAUUCUGCAAAACGGUACUUUGUUCUUAUAGUACUUUAACGGUAUGGUUUUAUAUAUUAAUAAUAUCGGGAGAAAUUAUAUUUUUAUAAAGGUGAAUGUGGUGAAAUUUAUUUCGCCAGUCUUAAACUUGAUAUUGCAAAAUAUAUUUGUUGGAUUGUAAAUAGUAAUUUUUAUUUUAGUAACAGUUUUGGACGAGUUCUAACAGUUAAUAAAAUUUUGCUAUUAUAUUAAAUUAAAUGGUUAUUAAAAGGAAGUUAAAUUACUUCAAAUAAAUAGAUAAUUAUGGAUAUUAAUAAAAUAAGAAAAUUGCUAAAGUUUCCAAUGAGAUUCGGAUACAUCUUGUUUUGGAAAUAAUUUAACAUCGCAUAUGUUUACGUGUAUAGAUAUAUUUGCAUAAAAUAUAUCAACAUAUUAUUUUCUAUGAUUAGACCGAAUUUCGUUAAGCGAAAUACGUUUUCUUAGGCAGCUAAUAUGUCUAUAAUUACAAUUCGUCAAAUACCAGUUAUUGACGCACAACAUGAACCUUUUAUGGACACUUUUGUACAUGUGUUAGACUGUUUUACUCAAUGACCAUACGAAAUGAUGUUUUAGGAGACUGUAACUGACUUGUUUGAUGAUAUUAAAUACACAUUAAGUAUUCAAAACCUUA